CCUCUCUUUUCCCUUUCUACAUCAAAAUCUCUCUUUUUUCCUCUGAAAAAGGAGAGACUUUUUCUCUUUUAAUGGCCAAAGCCCCUCUAACACUCGAUUGGAAUGAUCUCCUCUCCUCUAAAAACACCGAUUCCCCAUCCCCUGAAAUCGAGAUUGUUCGCAAUAACAUCGAUCCGGGCUUCAUAUCCGCACUGAGCGAUCAUCAAAUCAGUGAAAAAAUCCAGAGGAUUUCCAAUACCUUGGGCUCUAAUUUGCGCGAGGGCUUGCCCGAUAAGGGCGCAAAGUUGCGGUACAAUCUUCGCCAGUUGCAGGACGAGCUUGACCAUCGGAAGCUUGCCAAGGCUCGAAAGGAUGCUGAAAAUUUUGAGAGGCUUAGAGAGUCUGAAGCUAGGGCGGCACCCGCAUUAGUGCCUUGCAAGCUUGCAGACUUAAGAAAUGAUUCAAGCCCUUCUACAGCUACAAAGUCUCCACUUUCAUUUACAUCGCUAUUCUCCAAGAAUUUACGAGAGAGGGCAGAUACUGCAUCUAACAGGUCUAACAGGGAAUGGAGAUCUAUCACUCGAGAUAAGUGCAAAAAUUCAAGAAAAAGUAGACAACGGGUGCUAGAUAAUAGAAAGCUAGCUAAGCUUUCUUCUCAAACAGCAAGAAUGUCUAGUAUAUCUUCACCUUUCCAAUGUGCAAGCAGUGUUGCUGAUAAAGAUAGUGAUUGCAGGAUCACUGGACCUUCAUCUGCAGGAAAAAACUCUUUCAAUAGCCAUUCUAAGAUCAGGAAAGCUUUUGAGAAUACCUAUGCAUUGGAUCGAAGGUCAACAAAGGUUCAAGGUGUGGUUAUUUUGGAUGAAGAAGAAUUGGAACAUGAACAGUCAAGACUAGAAGAUUCUCCUGAUGACGGGAAAGAGGCUAAGAUCUAUUACCCUUCAAGGGAUGAUGCAGAAGCCAUUGAACUUUCAUACGCGGACAUUAAAUGCUUAGGACCUGAACAAUAUUUGAUAUCACCUAUAAUGAACUUUUAUAUUCGCUAUCUUCAAAAACCACUAUCUCCAGCAGGCCAACCGAGAGGCGAGUAUCAUUUUUUUAACACAUAUUUCUUCAGAAAACUUCGUGACGCUAUUUCAUGCAAGGGUGAUAAGGAUGCAUGUUUCUUGAAAUUGAGGCGAUGGUGGAAAGGCGUAAAUAUUUUUCAGAAGGCAUACAUCUUUUUGCCAAUCCAUGGAGACAUGCACUGGAGCUUGGUAAUUAUUUGCAUCCCUGCAAAGGAAGAUGAAUCGGGCCCAAUUCUGCUUCAUUUGGAUUCAUUGGGAAUGCAUCCUACUGAUUCAAUUCUGGAUGUUGUGCAUAGUUAUCUGAAAGAAGAAUGGAAAUACAUCAACAAAAAUGGUCCUCCUCAAGAUCUUCCUAUUGCAGAAAGGAUAUGGAGUAAUCUCCCUCAUAACAUCGAAAAGAAAAAAUUAAGGGUACCACAGCAGAAGAAUGAGUAUGACUGUGGCCUAUUUGUUCUUUACUUCAUGGAACGAUUUAUUGAUGAGGCCCCAGAGAGGCUCAAAAUGAAAGAUCUUGCCAUGUUUGGUAGCAAGUGGUUUCAGCCUGAAGAGGCUUCUGGAUUGAGAAAGAGAAUUAGAGAUCUUCUGCUCGAAGAAUUUGAGAAUGCCAGGUUGGAUAAUGGCCAAAGCCUAGAUUUGCUUACAUCCUCUUCUAGCUCUCAUGAUGAGAAUGACAACGACGACGAUGAUGUACAGCAACUGAUCGAAGUUUGAAGUCACAGUUGACUGAGGGAUUUUGUGCCAUAUUUUGUGCUU